AUGGCGAUCAUCGCCAACUACAUCAUCGAUGCGACAGGAGAAGUCACCAUCGUCCUAAGCACCAAGGUGGUCUCCUUUCCAGCCCCGGACAACGCGUCUCCUGAGCUCGCCGCCGCGGCCGCGAAGUCCGACAUGUCCCUUAAAGACGUCGAAGCGCGCAUCCAAGUCUCCGCGAAGCACCUCAAACUCGCAUCGUCCGUGAUGAACCGUCAGCUCACCGGCGGCUUCACCGAGGCCCAGGAACUACACGAGACAGGCAAGGUGGAGAUCAAAGUGGAGGGCUGGGAUCUGGAGGCGUUGUUGAUUUUGUUGCGCAUCAUCCACGGUCGGAACCACCAGGUGCCCAAAAUCAUCACGCUGUCGCUGUUCGCUCGCAUCGGCACCUUGGUGGACUACUACGCCUGCCAGGAGACCGUGGAGAUUUGGCUGCACAUCUGGAAGUCGCAUCUGGAGGCUCAAAUCCCCACCACCUACAACGCGACCGAGAUCGUGGAGUGGAUCUGGGUGUCGUCGUUCUUCGAUAUGCCCCAAGUGUUUGACUGCGUCACCCUCCUCGCGAUCAAACAUGGCGACGACCUCAUGGACUCUGGGGAGUUUCCCAUCAAAGCGAAGAUCAUCGAAACGAUCAACACCCACCGCGAGCAGUCCAUCGCCAGCGUCCUCGCUCUGAUCAGCAGAUGGAGGCACGGGCUGCGCCAGGGCGUGUUCGGCUGCACCUUUGAAGGUCGCUCUAUUGACUUGGGUGCUUUGGAACAGGGUCUCUACGUGGCCAAUAUGCACCAGCCUCCCACCACUCCGUAUACUGGUUGGAGCUUCUACUCCCUGGUCAGCCAUGUGAAGGCGUUUCAGGAGCCCCUGUCGCAAUGCAAUCCCCUCAGCUAUCUCGAUCACGCCAAAUGCGAUGCGAUCCGAAAGAUCGUCACAGAGGUGGAGGCUAUUGAAUCGGAGAUGUUGGGGUUGGAUCUGGCUACGUGCAAGUGA